UCCAAUCACAGCUGAUCACAUGUAAAUAAGGAAAUGCCAGUUAUCGGCAUUCCUCUCCUCAUGAGCUGUAACACUGACAGCUCCAUUCCUCAGAGGGGACAUGUACACUGAUCAUCAGGGCACUGAUGAUCAGUGUUGCCCCACCUGUCAGUGUCUAUCAAUGCCACCUGUCAUUGCCCAUCAAUGCCACCUGUCAGUGCCCAUCAGUGCACAUCAAUGCCACAUAUUAGUACCUACCAGUGCACAUCAAUGCCACAUAUCAGUGCCCAUCUGAGCUGCCUUUCAGUGCCAACUAUCAGUGCCAGUCAGUGCCACAUAUCAGUG